CAAUAACAAAAUGGCCAGAACCAAGCAAACUGCCAGAAAGUCCACAGGUGGUAAAGCACCAAGAAAACAAUUGGCUUCCAAAGCUGCUAGAAAGUCCGCCAAACAACCAUCAACUGGUGGUUUGAAGAAGCCACACAGAUAUAAGCCAGGUACCGUUGCCUUGAGAGAAAUCAGAAAGUAUCAAAAGUCCACUGAAUUGUUGAUCAGAAAGUUGCCAUUCCAAAGAUUGGUCAGAGAAAUUGCUCAAGACUACAAGUCUGACUUGCGUUUCCAAUCUAAUGCUGUCUUGGCUUUGCAAGAAGCUUCCGAAGCCUAUUUGGUUUCCUUGUUUGAAGAUACCAACUUAUGUGCCAUCCACGCUAAGAGAGUUACUAUCAUGCAAAAGGAUAUGCAAUUGGCCAAGAGAAUUAGAGGUGAAAGAACUUAAUUCAAUUUUUGCUAACCUUUCAUAUGAUGAUGAUAAUUUGUGUGAGGUGAGUCCUUUUGAUUGAACUAACCCCUUUAUCUAAAUGACCAUGUGAUUCCCUAUUAUAUUAAUUAUGUGUGAUGAAUUAAUUAUUAUUUAUUAAUGUGAUUCCGAAACACAAUAGUGAUGGUAACGACUUAUCCACAAAGUAAUCAUUGUAUCUAUUCCCAACAACAAAUCCUAGGCUUCUUGUAAAUAUAAAAACCCCAAACUAUUAAUUAUUUAUAA